AUGGCCACCCUCCAUCAGCUCCGAUCCAUCAACAACCGAAUCUCCGGACGCUUGGCCCUUGUCACUGGGGCGAGUGGCGGCAUCGGCUCGGCCUGCACAAAAGCCCUAGCGGAUGAAGGCUGCGAUGUCAGUGGAUACGGCGCACAGGAAAGCGCCGAAUCGCUCGCCCGUGAACUAAGCGAAAAGUAUCCCGAGCAACUCUUCCUCACCGAAAGGCAGACCUCGUCUCCCGCGACGCCACCCGCGCUCGUCCCCAGGAUCCUGCAGAACCCCGAGGUCGCCGCCCGACACACGGCAAUUUCCAUCCUCGUGGCCAACGCCGGCCGGGCCCGCCGCGCCAGAGAUAUCUCGGAGAUUGACGAGGACGACUGGGACGACGUCUUGGAAGUGAACGCCCGCAGCCAGUUUGUGAUUACCAAGGCCUGCGUUCCGGGAAUGAGGUUGGAAGGGUGGGGGCGCGUCAUCCUGAUCGGAAGCAUUGCGAGCCGCGGGGAGGGAUCAACGGUCUCACCCGCCAUGAUUGGGUCUACCGGAUUGAUCCCAGCCGCACAAUCUCAAACGUGGGCAAGCGGCACGGAUAUCAACACCCUUCAAGCCACGGACCCGGGAUUGGCCAUCGCAACACAUGUACCUGUCCAGCGGCUAGGAGAACCCGAGGAGGUGGCCAAUAUCGUGAUCAUGCUAGCAAAGACGGGAUACGUCACCGGUCAGGAUAUCUUGUUGGCGGGGGCUUAA